AUGACAGCCCUUACUGACGACCAAGCCAUCCUUAACAGGUGGAGAGAACAUUUUCAGACACUCCUAAACCGCCCAUCGUCUGCGGCUGAAGACUUGCUCCGUAAGGUACCUCAACACGAUGUUAGGCAGUGGAUGUCUCUUCCCCCAUCUUAUGCUGAGUUCCAGAAGGCGUUGAACCGCAUGAAAGCAUGGAAGGCCCCAGGUCCUGACAGCAUUCCACUGGAGCUCAUCUCUCAUGGGGGCAUAGCUGUACAGACAAGGCUAUUCAUCCUGAUCCUGCGCAUGUGGGAGACGAAGGUUGUACCUGCGGACCUGAAGGAUGCCACCAUCAUCACCAUCUUUAAGAAGGGGGACCGCUCCAUCUGCGGAAACUACCGCGGUAUCUCUCUCCUGAGCAUUGCUGGAAAGAUUUUCGCACGGAUUCUGCUAGACAGGCUCCUUACUGUUGCCGAAGAAGUCCUUCCUGAGUCACAGUGCGGUUUCCGACCAUCUCGUGGUACCACAGACAUGAUUUUCUGUGCCCGCCUACUUCAGGAAAAAUCCCGCGAACAGCGACAACCACUCUUCUUGGUCUUCUGGGACCUGGAGAAGGCAUUUGACAGCGUCCCAAGACCAGCUAUGUGGGCAACCCUGAGGCGUUUUGGCUGUCCUGACCACUUCACAGACCUUGUGCAAGCCCUCCAUGAUGGGAUGACUGGUCGUGUGGCUGUAAAGAACACUAUGUCUGAGCCAUUUGCCAUCACUACUGGCCUGAAGCAGGGCUGUGUUCUGGCGCCAACCCUCUUCUCCCUUUACCUUGGGGCCAUGAUCCACGAGCUCCCCGACAACGCCUCCGGUAUCCAACUUCGUUAUAGAAUGGAUGGAGGCCUCUUCAACACCGGACGCCUUCGCUCCCGCAGACACACCACUUCCUUCACGGUACGGGAGCUGCAGUACGCUGAUGACAACGCAACUCCUGUGGAUACAGUCGACGCUCUUCAGAGUACUGUCGAUGUCCUUGACGGUGCUUACUCCCGCUUCGGUCUCACUUCCAACAUAGGGAAGACAAAGAUCCUCGCACAGGGAGCUCCGGGGCAUCCUCCUCCUGACACUAGUAACAUCCGACUCCGAGGUGAAGUACUAGAGACAGUGAAAUCAUUCCCCUACUUGGGAAGCUUCCUCUCAGAUGACUGUACGAUGCAGAAAGACAUUGACAAUAGGAUUCGGGCUGCACAUGCAGCUUUCGGGAGGCUCUCCAAACGUGUCUUCCUAAACCAUGACCUCAGUCUUCAAACAAAGAUCAUGGUUUUCCAAGCCAUUGUCCUGUCUACCCUCCUAUAUGGCUGCGAGGUGUGGGUCCUGUAUCGGAGAGAUGUGAAAAAGCUGGAGCGUUUCCAACAGCAAAAACUCCGUGCCAUUCUGAAGAUAAAAUGGCAAGACCGUGUCUCCAACGAAGCUGUCCUUCUCCAGGCCAAGCUCCCCAGCAUUGAGACUACGAUGGCGCGACAUCGUCUCCGCUGGGCAGGACACGUCAAAAGAAUGCCUACAACUCGACUUCCUCGCCAGAUCCUAUACUCCCAACUAGAAUCCGGCACAAGGUUGCGAGGAGCGCCCAAGCGUCGGUUUCGCGACCAGUUAAAGGCUACCCUCCUUCGUUGCGACAUUGACCACACUAAUUGGGAGACUCUCGCGGAGAACCGGUCUGAGUGGAGACGCACCAUAACGCAGGGGACAGAUCACAUGGAGCAGUUACGACGCUCCGAAGCCGAGACAAAAAGACAACAACGCAAAGAGAGACUACUACUUCCUCGCUCCCCACCCACUCUGCCCUGCACAAAGUGUCCCAGACUGUUCCACACUGCCCUGGGACUGAGCAGCCACCUCAGACACCGCCACCAACAAUUAGCAAAUGAGACUGGAUGGACAUGA